AUGAAAUCGUGAUUAUUUUUGUUGUAGUAUAAAUAAGGAAACGGAAAGUCAGUUCACAUAAGAAGAUGGUCUACUUUGCAUACAACCACAUAGCCUUUGUCACUCUGUUGGCAUUAGCAGCCAUGAACGCAGUUCAACCGUUGAAUUACCAGUUGUUGAUAAUGUUUAUUUCCGCUGUUGAUGAAAAUAUACGCGGAUUCAAACCGAUCGUGGAUGGUGCAGAACAGGCAGUACAAAAUCUUACGGACAAGAUUCUCAUUCAAAAUGCAAGCCUACGAGGAGAAAUAGAAACAUAUGUGAACUGCCUGAAAACUGCAAACAAAUACAUUUGGGGAGAAAUCGCGUUGAACAAACUCGCAGACCGUGUCUCCAGAGAAAAAAACUUAAGAGCCCAGGAAAUUUUGAAGUGUUGCCGACAAGAAGCCUUAGAAUAUUCUAACAAGAAGAUGGCGUUUCCUUUAGACAAGUGUUUCGAAAAUCUGCCUCCAGCGCCUCACGAAGAUCUUAAUCAACUGAAUCUGCUGACCCGAACACUAUACGAUCACAAGCACUGGGUUGCCAUGCAAGUUUUUUACAAGAAAAUAUUAGAAACAAAUCUGUAACAGUUGACAGGAAACUGAAGACAAACACCAGGAUGAAUGUCAAAGUCUGAAUACAUGUAGAUUGUAGAAUCUUUCGUAAAUAUUUCCUUUUUAAUUAAAUUAAAUAAAUAAAUCACUUUUCUGCU